CCACCUGGAGUUUUGUCCUUGCACUGUCAGACAUCCCAAGGGGCUGGGGAAAAUCUCCAGGCCCCCAGGGAUGGAGACAAGGUACCCAUGGAGGGAUGCUCAGCGAGGCAAGGAGCAAGGAGGAGGAAAGGCUGAGGCACGCACCCAGAGACAGACAUUUCUAGAGCAGGCACAGCUGUCCUCCGCUGGGGCUGAGCCACAGCCUCCCCUGCAGAGCAGGUACCUCUGCCUGGUUUGCCCCCACAAGACUCCUCUUGUUCCACUGCAGGGUAAGGCUCUUCCUCCCGCCCCGGUGUCCCUCCACAGUGCCAGUCAUGCCAAAGCCCGCAGUCAUCAUAGACAACGGCAGCAGCUUCACCCGGGCAGGCUUUGCUGGCCAGAAGAAGCCCAAGUUUGUGCUCAGGACCAUGUCGCUGCACCACUGCAGCGCAGGCACGACUUGGGAGACCCAGUGGCAUCCUACCGCCGCUGAAAGCACAGCAGGCUUCAGCGUAGCACCGAGGACUUACCCACUCAAGCACGGCAUCAUUGAGGACUGGGAUGGCAUGGAAAACCUGUGGAGCCACCUCUUCUCCUGUGGCCUGAAAGCUCCUCCAGAGGAACAGCCGGUGCUCAUGGCUGACUCCCCGUCUUGCCCUUCCACCAGCAGGGAAAAGGUGGCAGAGGUGCUUUUCGAGAGCUUCGGGGUGCCAGCCCUGCACAUGGCUAACACUGGGUUCCUUUCCCUCUGCGCCUAUGGCAGAGUCACUGGCCUGGCUGUGGAGGCUGGGGCAGGAGUGUCCCACGUCACCUCCAUCUGCCUGGGCCAGACCUGGAGGGAGGCCACUUACCGCCUCGGGGUGGCUGGUGGCUUCCUCUCCAGCUACCUGCACAGCCUGCUGAUGGAGAGCCCCAAUGACCCCGCAGUGCUGAAGGCCUUGAAGAAGAAGACAGUGAUCCAGCUGAAGAAGCAAUGCUGCUAUGUCUCCACGGACUACGAAGGAGACCUCCAUGACCAAGGUUACCAUCAUCCAGCCAGAUUUCAAGCCCCUGAUGGGCACUGGAUAACCCUAGACAAGGAACGGUUCUGCUGCCCGGAGCCGCUCUUCCAACCAAAGCUACUCCACCAAAGCUCCCUAGGGCUCCACCACUUGGCCUUGCAGAGCCUCCAGAAGGUACCCGACCAUGCCAGGAGGGACGUGGUGGGCAACAUCACACUGUCAGGGGGCUCCUCGAUGUUUCCUGGCUUUCCCGAGAGGAUGUGCUUAGAGUUGAACACCCUGUUCCACAGCAUGGGCUGCCAGAUUCAGGUCCUGGCAAGCCCGGAGAGGGACAUAGCAGCCUGGGUGGGGGGCUCGAUGGCAGCAUCACUCACAUCCUUCCAGCAUGUAUGGAUGGCAAAGGACCAGUAUCAGGAGCAUGGUGCCAAGUACGUACAUGAGAUAUUCCAGUAGGCAGAUGAUGACCAUGCAUUGAAAGCAUCCCACCAGCAGGACACAGCUCCUGCUGCAGGAGGAGGGUCUCUGAAACACAGCCUUGCUCCGGGCAGAGCUGCAGCAGCGGUGGUGUCCAAGGACCAGCUCCUGCGCUGCUGCAGGAGUGCGAAGUCAAUUCAAAUGCUCCAAAAGAAAAUUGCUUUUCAUUUACACUCCGAGUUAUUUCUGUGCCUAUCCCCCACCACUCUAAGAAGCACGUGUCCGAUCAGGCUGCCACCACAACCACAGCUCAUGCUGAGAAUGCAGGC